AUGACAGACAUCGAGCCGUCACUUGAUGAAUCUAUUUUGAAUCAGCCUUCCACUGCAGAAAUUUCUAUAUCUUCGGUUGAUUGGAAACUGAUUACUCGAAAUUUGCAGCAUGGAUUUUUGCAGUUGUGCAACAAGUACGUCACAUACAAACAUACUAUGGAAGUUCUUGGUGUUAUCAGCGUGUCUAUUGACAACAAGCAGCAUGAACUUGUCGUAAAAAUAAACAACACACUUAAAAGAAUGCAACUACCGCAAUCGGAGCAACCACAACAAACAUUGCAACAUCAAUUCAACGAGCAAUGUUCCAACAAAUCUCUACAACAAAAAUCAAUGCAAAAUUGUAAAGAACACAUCUCCAGCAGAUCGCAGCAACAACUUGCUAAAAAGAUCAAAAUAGGCUUGAACAAAGAAAGUUUUAGAAAAUCUUUGAACAAGUUAGAAAAUGUGAAGAGUUCCACAUCAUCAACGCUUGCAUCAGAUAAUUUAAAGAAUCAACAAGACAGUAGUAACAUAGAAAAAAACGUCCAUUCUGUGGAUCUGAAUAACGAUAAAAUCAGUAGAAGCAGCGAUAUAAAAGUUUUUGACUAUAAAUCUUCAGUUUCUACUAAUGACAUUUCAAUUAUUUGCAACAAGAUCACUCAAGAAACAUCAUUUGUAGGGACAACAAAUAACAUUGUUGCUUCUGCCGAUAGUGAGCAAAUCAUUGAGGUCGCAGUGCCAACGCAGAGACAAUCUCGAGUAAGAACGUUGCGUAAAUGUCAUGGACGCAAACAAUCCACCCCUCUAAAGCUCAGUCACGUGAGAAACAUGGAACAUGAUGGAACCGUUGCUACCUGUGUAGAUGAUGACGUAGAGGAUGAGGUUAGUGACGACUGCAACAAAAACAACAACAUUGAAUCUUGCUCCCUUAACGAUGAUGAUGAAAAAAGUAGUUUUAACAAUAGCACUGAUAAUAACGAAGAGAAAAAUGAGAUCCAUGACGUAACAAUGGAAGAUAAUGAUGUUAAUUUGACCACAGCAUCCGACCAAAUUCACGGUAUAGAAAUUAAUACUGAUAAUGGGGCAAACAUCGAAGCAAGUAGUGAUACAACUGCCUACAUGUGUGCUACUGAUGAAGAUGAUCUAGAAGAUGAUGACGAAAUGCUUAUUUUACCUGCCAGCUCUGUCGAUUUUGCAGAUAAUAAUAGUGUUCAAAUAAAAAGCAAUGAAAACUCCACCCAUGAUCAUGUAGACUCUAAACGUCAAAGCGUUAAUGAUAUUAACGAAAAUUAUGACGCUAGCAAUGAUAAUAUUGAAAAUGCCCUUAUUGUUUUCGAUGAACAAGAUGAGUUUGAUACUGAUAAUGAAGAGUUCGAUGAUGACGAAGACAACAUAAGUGAUUCUGAUGUCUAUCCACCAAAAAGAAAGAAACCAACAAGGAAACAAAGUAAUAGCCAUGAAAGUAAAACUAAUAAAGAUCACCUGAAAGUGUGCUCUACUUUGCGGGCCAUGCUUACCGAACCAGUUGACCAAAUUCCUUCUCUUUUAACCUCAGCCACUAUCCCCAGUGGCAAAAAUCGGUGCGUUCAAGGGGCAAAAAAUGACGGAAAUUUUGCUCAUCUUCGAAGCGUUACCCGAAAUAGUUACGUAGUUAUAGCUCCAGACAAAAAUGAUGAAGAUUGUGAAGAUGACGAGGAAGUAGAUGAUAAUGUGAAUAAAGACGAAGUAAUAAUUGAUGAUGAGGACGGUGAAUGCAUUUUGAAAAGUGCUGUCCUUUCUGGUGUUAUCCAUAUUAAAGAAGAAGCCGAUAAUGACGAGGUAGCGACAACCUCAGUUUCCCAUUCAAAAGGCGUUUGCGUGCUGGACAGUUCCCAAUACAACGUAGAAAACAAUAAGCAGCAUAAUAACAUUACUUUCAGAAUGCAACCAAAUUCUAAUAACACAUUUUCUACAACCCGUCAAAUAUUGCCUGCACCUUCAAAUAACAUUCUUACUAAUCCUAUUUUGGCCAUUCUUCCAAAUAAUUCUGCACUGCAGCAGCCGCAUCAACAACAACAAAUUAUCAAUCAACAGCUGCAACAGCAGCACCAGCAACAACAAAUCAUUAACCAACAGAUCCAACAGCAACAAGCUAACAUGCCCAGACUUUUACAGCCCACUACUCUAUUUACGAUUUCUGAUGAGGCUGGUAACAGUUUGAACAAUUGCUUCUCAUUGCAAUUAACUCAACUAGCCAAAAAUGUUCUUAACGUGUCAGGAAACACAACUCAAUUUCCCCUUGUAGGAUCAUCUCUUCAAACGCAACAACUUUCUUCAUCUGCUACCCCCCUUCUUUCGGCAACCUCUAACGCUCGACUUAUUGCAUCAAAACCUCCACAAAAAAAUGAAAGUGAUUUUGUAGUUGACGCUUUUGCAGAUAAUUUAAACAGCAUGGCUUCAGCAACAACAACUUCUAGCAACAACGUUAACAACAGCAACAGUUCCGGAAAGAAAUUUUGUCGUCGUAGACUGAAUGAAGAUAUUUUAUCACCGGCUGAACUAGCUGAAUACGUAGGGACGUGUGAUGAAGUUAUUUCGGCUCCGUCUAUACAGCGUCCAUACUUGUGCUCCUCUUGUCAGGCUACCUGUCCUAGCCUUAUAGACUAUUUCAGACAUACGUUGAAUGAACAUAACACUUUUAUAUGCCAUCAGUGUGGCAAACACUUUACUACGAAGAGUUCUUUGCUUAGACACCGACCCAUACACACCGGUCUACGUAGAUUUGCUUGCGCAAUAUGUUGUAAAGCUUUCUAUCGGAAAGAUAAAUGUAAAGCUCACAUUAAAAAACAUUUAAAUUCGGACUCAAACAGCAUCGUUUCAAUUAACAACAGCCUCGCUAGUGCAAACAACGACGGAGCCGAAAUAAAAACAGGAUAUAUCGUACUUUCUUCUAGUUCAGUGGAUAUAAAAUGAAUUGCGAUUGUUUGUUUCUGAUUAUGUUUGUAAUAAGUUGUUCACACAUACAAUUGAUGAAAAUCACAUCGUGUUCCGCGUUAAUUAGCUUCCUGUUUAUUUUUUCGAUUUUUCUAACAGUAGAUCGUAAAUCGUUGUCAAGUUUCUUGAAAUCAAAACCAAAAUUUUUACACAGCGUAUCAAUUCAAACACCGAAGAUGGUAUAGGAAUACCAAAAAAAGCCUUUUUUGUUCUAUCACGCAUAAAAUAAACAAAAAUUUUGGUUUUGAACUCAAGAAACUUGAGAAUAAUUUACGAUCAACCGGUAAAAAAAUCGAAAAACAGUAAGUUAACUAACGCCGAACAUGCUGUGAUUUUCAUCAAUAAUUGCAUUUCUGACAGUCUUAAUCCGAUAUAUAUAUAUAUAUUAAAUUUAUAGUUGUUUGAUAACUUUAUUUUUAUUAAAGAAAAUGCUUUUUCAUAUUUUUAUGAUGGCUAUUAUCAGUUUGUGCGACUGACUGCGAUGUUGUGCAGGCAGGUACACGAGAAUAUUCUUUUGAGUUCGUGGAUCUUGUUCUUUGUGAACGGUGAAAAAACUAUUUUAAUUAAGGUCCAUACAUCAUUUUUUAUCCAGAACAUUUAAUUUAUGAAUUUGUAAUUUAUUUGAAUAAA